ACCACCAGUUACUACCUAACCUUCAUACAGAGUGUUGCUCUGCUCUCCUCUCACACCCACAUCACUGAGAUACUUGUCUCUUUGUUCUUUUAGUAAGGUGUAGAUCAGUGCAUGUUAGAUACACACUCCACAAGCUCAGAUACAUCCACCAGCCAUCAUAAUGUUUAAUAAUGUGUGUAGAGCACAUGUCUGCCGGGGAAAUGUGCCAGUGUGUCAGUGAAGGUUUACUUCACAGGUCGGAAGUAAACCUCGUCUGCUGAAUUAUUCCAGUUUACAUCAAUUUUUGAUGGGGUUUAAGGAAUCUGACAUUACAUUAUAGACGCUUAGUACAACCGUAUGAUGUUUCUAAGGAAGGUGUUGACAUAUUUUAGACGCCAGUGUUUGAGUGUUUGAGGGAAGUGUAGAAUAUUGUGUUGUGGCCACCAAUGUCCCACAAGCAAAAUUCAUUAUUAAUUUGUGAGUGAAGAAUGCAAGAGACGACGUACUAGCGGGGUGCAGUGCGUCAUGACCACCCCGAUAUACCGACUCCUCCCAGCACUGACCGCUUGGUGGGUGUCUGUGGGGUUGGUAUGGGCGGGCUAUGAUGAAUAUAUGACCUGUGGAAGUGGCAAUGAACGAUAUGGCAGACAGUACCACCACUUCCCUGAACUUCCUUGUGAUAUUAGCAAGAACAGCUGGUGUGAAAGUGCUGGCACCCAGUACCCAUGGGGUGCUGUCCGCCGUUUUGUUUACGAAAAUCAAGGUCUGAUGAAGCGUAUGUAUGGUAAUCAACGCCACUACAACGUGCUGAGGGCUGAAGUACUCAAUGAGUUGUAUGAGGAUAUGUUUGAUGAAAUGCCCAAGCGACACCACCAGUAUCAACACUCUACACCACCUAACACUAGAUCAGCUAGAUACCAAAAUCCUUCAAAUUCAAAUAGCUUCAACUCGGAGAGCUCCAAUUCGGCUAAAAAACGAAAUCAGCUUGAUGCUCGAGCAAUGAAAGUGACCAUGGAGCCUGAUUAUGUUGGUUUACAACAAGCCCCCACUACUGAUAGGUCAAAAUCCCAAUCUAAAGCUUCUAAAACACGAACAAAAGGGACACCUGUUAGAACAAACACCAGGCUGAAGGAGUCGACUAGAACCCCCACUGUCACAGGAGAGAGCACCAAAACUACUUCUAAGGGGACUACAAGUUACCCUCCAACUACAAUUACAGAGGAUGUACUAACCACAUCACAUACCCAGUGGGUUGAAGGUACAGAUGAUACAGGAGAAUAUCUGUCUUUUGUUGAGGAAAAAAAUCUACCCACAGUCUUUCCUCCUGAACAAAGAGAAGGAGCUGAUGCACUUGAUGCAGACUUAUGGACAACACUUUCAGAUUCCUCUACGGAUAUUUCAGACUCGUUGUAUUCAACCCCAUACAGCAAUCUUGGGUCAUCGGAGACUUACAGCAGUUAUACUUCUGUACCUGAGAUAUCUACUGUGGAGCCCCUUACUACACGUUCAGACAUGCUUUUUGAGGACCUUGAAAAUGCUGAUGGCCAGUUCAGUGAAGGUUUCAUAUCCACUCCACUGGACGAGGAUGAUCUGACUACACUGAAAACCAGGAGAGGCCCAGAAAUGAAAGUCGGCAGUGAUGCGGCAGAUUACUCAAAAGAUGAGAUUGAUCUUGGGAUUGAGGCGGCAAUCAGUGAAGAUAAAGAUGUUAGUGGAAAACUUAAAGAAGUGGCAGUAGGUGCAAUGGACCCAGAAGUGAUAACAGAGAGUGGAAAUUUGAAAGUGGAAUUACGUGAGCAGGUUGUUACGAAUUUACAUACAUAUAUUUUUUACAGUGAUUGGUUCAGAUUCCCAUCAUGCUGUGUAUGCAAGUGUUAUGAUUUACCUCAAGAUCUGUUCAUGUCUAAUCAUAGACGACCACGAAUCAAUCAGGAUGAUGAUGAUGAAGAAUUUGAGGAUUACUUUGAUGAUAUUGAAUCAGAGGAGGAGGAGGAGGAGGAGGAGGAAGUGGUGGCAGCAGCAUCAGCGGCAAUACCAACAGUGGCAAUACCGGCAAUGGCUGACUUUGCAGAUGAGCGAAAACAGCUUCCUGUCAAAACAAAUCCACCCCUGGCGAACAUUCCUCCUCAACGCCGCCCACGGCUGCCCCCUCGCCCCCACUCACACGUGUCUGCACCAAGUCUCAGUCUUGUUCCUCCACCACCUUCAUCAUCACUGCCAUCUCAAAAUAUCUUGCCUCUCGCUUCUUCCGGUUCAUUGAACCAGAGAGCUAGAUUAAUUACGCCCACAGAAUCACCUGAGGUGUCUACUUUAGGUACUGUAGAUGUUGCAACUCCCCACUAUUAUUUCAACAUUUCAAAUUAUGCUCGCAUCUUGUUUUCAAAAGGUCAUCCAGUACCACUUUCACGAAUACCGAGAAGUCCAGAGGAGUAAAAUUUUAUAUUAAUAAAUUUGUAUGUCAGGUGGAAUAACU